AUGGUUGGUCGAAAUCAAUAUAAAAAGUACUCUUCCAGCGUCUCUCCCCGUCAAUUAUUAAACUAUUUAAUAUAUAAUCUUCCAUAUUAUAAGUACUUGAAGAUUAUUACAUAUACAAUCUAUAAAAAUGGUAACAAUCAAUCAUUAUCUAACUACAGAGGUAUAACUAUUUUAAGUAACUUUUAUAAAUUAUACGCUUCAAUGUUCACUAAACUAAUACAAAAUUAUACCGAACUAAAUUGUCCUUUUUCAGAAUCCCAAUAUGGAUUUAGACCUGGACGUUCAACAAUAUCACCAAUAUCAGUACUGAACAACAUCUUUCAAAAAUAA